AUGUUACCAAAAGUUACGUAUAUUUUUAGACAGACAUUAGUGACUGCUGGCGUCUCGCUGAGUGUGAUGGAACAUUGCUUGGUCGGUGGAUUUUCUGCUAUACUUAUACCUCAACUACGCGAAGAUACCACAUUUACAGUUAGCAGUAAUACAGAGACGUGGAUUGCAUCCAUUUAUGGAAUAUCAUUAAUCCCUGGAGCAUUAAUGACGCCGUUCAUACUAAGCAGAUACGGUCGACGGAAAGCAAAUCUUAUUAGCUCUCUCAUAAUGAUUUUGGGAUGGGUGUGCACCGUCUUUGCGAACGAUGCGAAGCUAAUUUUAUUCGCAAGAUUCAUACAAGGCAUGGCGCUUGGAAUCUCAAGUUUAUCAGGACCAAUUUUAGUGGGAGAAUACACUACACCAAAGUACAGAGGUGGUUUCCUGACUGUGAUGACUCUGUCACUGUCAUUAGGGUCCAUGAUAGUCCACACUGUUGGAUCCCUUCUUACUUGGAGAAGAACUGCAAUGUUUUGUUUAGGCUUAACAGUUUUAGAUGCAAUUAUAAUAUUAUUAUCACCUGAAACACCCGUGUUCCUAGCCACCCGUGGGAGAUAUGAUGAAUGCAGGAAAGUAUUUCACUGGCUGAGAGGACAUGAAGAGGAAGAUGAAUUAGAAGCCAUGAUCAAAGCUGACAUGCAUCGUAAAGAGACUAAAUUGCAAAACAAAAAAGGUUUACUCAAAAAAAUUACAGCUAAAAGCAAAUAUGUUGUGGAUAUUUCGAAAAAAUCCGAAUUUUAUAAACCACUGAUACUGAUGUUGCAUUUGGACGUUAUAAAUGUUUGGUCUGGAUCUAUGAUGAUGGAUAUUUACGGUAUUGAUAUACUCCACAAGCUGACAAGGGAUGAUAUCAACGUAUACAACUGGUUGAUUGCUAUGGACGUUGUUAGAUUGAUGGCUAAAGGAUGCGGGAUAGUUGUACAUUCAAAAUUUAAGAGACGUACUAUGGUCAUAAUGUUUGUAUGCCUAAAUAUUUUAGCCUAUUUAUCUACAGCUAUCUUUUCAUACACCAAAGACCGUAAUUUUGGAUUUUACCAUCCCGUUAUACCAGCAAUUUUGGUUUAUUUUCUAAUAAUCACUGUUGGAACUGGGAUUCAACCUCUAGUCAAUAUUAUAGCAGGCGAAAUCUUUCCGUUGGAAUAUAAGGGUGUGAGUAGUAUGAUAAUAGUAUUAUUUCUUGCUGUAAACAUUACUGUUAAAAUGAAAACAUUACCAUAUCUAUUUUGGAAUAUUGGACUACCAGGAACAUACUGUUUAUAUAGUGGUCUAAUAGUUUAUGCGUUAGUUGUAGUCAUGACAAUACUACCUGAGACGAAAGAUAAGACUCUACAGUAUAUCGAAGAAGUGUACUGGAAGAAGCCUUCCUUUAGGGAUAAAUUGGCGAAAGAACAACCGUCAUGUUAA